AUGAACUGGAAACAAUACAAUGGUGAAGCCAUGAGACAACUGGGUGACGGACGUUACUAUAUGAACAUGCCCCUUGAUCCUACUCAGAAAUUUAAGAAAGAAAUUGAUCCAUUUUUGUCCCUAGCUAGGGAGAAAGGUAUUAUCUUGCACCAUGAUUUGCAACAGUUAAUGGUCUCUGAUCCUAUAAAUCAAUACAUUUAUUACCUCCCUAAGGUACAGAAAGAUCCGAAUUACCCACUGGUAGACCUAUUGUUUCAGAUCACAAAUUACAAAACUCCGUUAGUUUUGGACACUGGAUCAGGACUAAUAAAGGCUGGCUUUGCUGAUCAGGAGUUGCCUACUACAAUAUUUCCAACAGUAGUUGGACACCCUAAGAAUAAGUGCCUCAUAUCAGAAAACACCAUUAAAGAUGUUUACAUUGGCCAUGAAGCACAGCACAUGAGAAGUGUUCUGUCCCUGAAAUUUCCUGUUCAGUUUGGCAUUAUCAUGGACUGGACAGAAAUAGAAAAGAUUUGGCACUAUACGUUUUACGACCAGCUGAGAGUUGAGCCCGAAGAUCAUCCAGUCCUACUUACAGAGCCAGCCAUGAAUCCUGCUCGGAACAGGGAACACAUGGUCCAAAUCAUGUUUGAUGCUUUCAAUGUACCUUUCACAUACAUUGCAAUGCAAGCUGUUUUGGCUCUUUAUUCUUCAGGAAGAACUACAGGUGUGGUAUUUGAUUCAGGAGAAGGAGUAAGUCAUGCUGUACCAAUAUAUGAAGGCUGCAGUCUUCCUCAUUCAGUGCAACAAUUAUGGCUGGCUGGAAGGGAUCUGACUGGCUACUUGAGAAAGCUUUUACAGGACAGAGGAUACUGCUUCAGAACUGCUACAGAACUGGAAAUUGUCCGGGACAUCAAGGAAAAGUUGUGUUAUGUAUCGCAAGACCCAGACACAGAAUGCAGUACUAAUGAAGUAUCAUAUACUCUUCCAGAUGGACAAAUCCUUAAACUAGGGAAUGAAAGAUUCAGAGCACCUGAAGUUCUUUUUAAACCAGCUCUAAUUGGAAAAGAUCAUUUUGGUGUCCAUGAAAGCCUCUGCCAUGCAAUUAUCCAAUCUGAUUCUGAACUGAGACAAACUUUCCUUGAAAAUAUAGUUCUAGCAGGUGGUACUACUCUGUUACCCGGUUUAGCUAGUCGAUUGCAGAAUGAGAUUUGUUCCAUGGUAUCCGGGGAUGUGUCAGCAUCAGUCCAUGUAAGACGCCCUGUGGAUAUGGAUGAAGACUUUGUAGUAUGGAGUGGUGGAGCCAUGCUGGCAAGUCUACCUGCAUUUCGUUAUGCUUGGAUUAGUCGGCAGGAGUAUGAGGAAUGUGGUUCAAGUAUUGUAUAUCGAAAAUGCUUCUGAACUGUAAAAAUGUAAUGGUAUUCUUUUUACCUAUAAAAGGUACAUUGAAUGUAUUUAUUGCAGACAUGCUUCAGACUAAAAUUAUAAAAGUCAACCUAAAUGCCUCUAGAACAGUUUGCAGAUAUUGAUCAAAGGUUGAGCAGAGGAGUAUCCCAUUUAGGUAGUAUCAGUAAACGCUACAUUACAUCAUUUUAACAAGGCUGCUGUGUGAGAGUAAAUAUAUAUUAGAUUUGGUCAAUUAAUGUAUGUCAUUUAUAUAAUUUUUUCUUUAUUUUGGCCUGGUAUUUAGAGCACACAUAUGCUGCCCUAUUAACUUAUGUUAUAUAUGACAUUAUACAUGUAUGAGCCGUUAUGAUGGUUUGUUCAUAUCUUCAUGUUUCUUGGGUGAUUUGCAUACUUUCCACAAUGUUUUGAAUAAGGAGAAGUGUAUUUGUAUUUGUGUAUUUUAUUUAUUUAUUUAUUUAUUUAUUUACAUUUGU